AUGGCGGCUUCUAGUGUGAGGAAGAAUGUCUUCUGCAUAUGGUCUUCGCAAAGUGGAAAAUGCCAAUUGCCUCCUGGUUUUCAUAGCGAAAAUCUGACAAACUCUGUGCUGUCUCUUGGCCAGGCUGUUGGGAGGGAGCUCUGCCCGGCUGCUGCUGCAGGACAGAGGGCGGCUGCAUGGACAGACAGCACAGUGAUUGGAGCCCUUGUCCUCGCGGUUGGGAUUUAUGCAGAAGUUGAAAGACAGAAGUACAAAACUCUAGAAAGUGCCUUUCUAGCCCCAGCAAUUAUUUUAAUACUUUUGGGCAUUAUAAUGUUCCUCGUAUCUUUUGUGGGUGUACUGGCUUCUUUAAGAGAUAAUUUAUGCCUUCUUCAAGCCUUCAUGUACAUUCUUGGUAUCUGCUUGCUGAUUGAGCUGACUGGUGGAGUGGUGGCCCUGAUCUUCAGAAACCAGACAAUCAGCUUUUUGAAUGAUAAUAUAAGAAGAGGAAUUGAGAAUUACUACGAUGACUUAGACUUCAAGAACAUCAUGGAUUCUGUUCAAAAGCAGUUUAAGUGCUGUGGUGGGGAAGAUUAUAAAGAUUGGUCACAAAACGUGUACCAUAACUGUGCGGCGCCAGGACCGCUGGCCUGCGGGGUGCCAUACACUUGCUGCGUCACAAAUAAGACAGACACUAUCAACACUAUGUGCGGAUAUAAAACCAUUGACAAAGAGCGCUUGAGUGUUCAGCGUGUUAUAUAUGUCCGUGGGUGCACGAAUGCAGUGCUUAUUUGGUUUUUGGACAACUACAGCAUCAUGGCUGGCGUGCUGCUUGGCAUAUUGCUACCCCAGUUCCUGGGAGUGUUGUUAUCUUUGCUUUACAUAACUCGGGUGGAAGAUAUCAUCACCGAGCACAAGCUGAGUGAAAGACUGUUUGAAGAAGCACGGCAGAGAUCUGCCCCCGAGUUUGCUGGAGCCGGCUGCUGCAUGUGUUACCCGGGGUGACUUUGGAAACCUCAAAUAUAGUUAAAAAAAAAAAAAGCAAAUCCACCUGUUCUGAUUUGUGCUGGCUUCUGCAGUAUUACAGACUGUGGGUGUAAUGAAUCGGCCAGCAGACCGGUGGCGGGUCGGCAGCGCGCCGAUACCGCCCUAGCCUCGUCGCUCUCGGUGUGUCUGCAACCAAAGACGUACCAGAAAGGCUCCGUGCUGCCGACGAUGCUGCUGCGGUAUCGCGAUCCUGCUGGAAGGUGCAUUGUGGAUAACUAAAUCUUUUUUUUGGUGAUUACUGAGUGAUACGCAGCCGGGAAAACUAUUUUGGGAAGAUUUGAAGGUAAAUUUCUAGGAAGAGCCUUUGCGUCUUGGGAUGUCAUAUUUAAAUGUUUGUCCUUUCCAACUUUAUUUUCUUACUCCUUCCAAAAAAGACUUCUUACUGAUCUACGUGGUGAAUAUUAAGUAUGUGUUUAGUAAAUUUUUUAUGCUAAUCUCAAUCAAUUUACUGACAAUAAUGGAUGGGAUGCUGAACACUUUCAUUGCUCAGCCUUUUGUGCCUUUUAAUAAUGGGGCAGAUGCCAAUGUCGUAUCAAUCAGGUAAUGCUUGAUGUAUUUUUAAUGCAAUUUAUUACUGUCUGGCUUUUGUAUAAACUUAGGGGAUGUUUGAGUCUUGUCUGUACUGUAUUUUUACCCUUUAGUAAAUUAACUAGGUGAUUUUUUUUUUUGUAGUUCUGUAUGUCGAGAUGU